UAGAUGGAAAAAAUGAUCGACAUCUUUAUUAGGUGAAUGUAAAUUGGCAAAUCUCUUCAUCUUUCAAUUUGUUGGAAGCUUAAGUUUCGCCUCAUAUGUUUAAGUACGUUACUUUCACAAUUUCGGAACUCAGUAUGUCCUCCAGAAACCCUUCAUUAAGAGGUCGCUAGUUGAAAUCGAAAGGAUCGUACUGCUAUAAGAUUUGUGUAGAAAACUUUGUUAAUGAAUACAAUACUGCAAGAACGGAGUAGAAUUAGAAAAAAAAGUGUCAUGCGCUGAUGAAAUACACCUUUUGGAGUAGCGCUCACAACUUGAAUAACAAGAAUUUUCCGAAAGUUUCCUAACCCAAUCGCACAUAGCAUUUUCACUUGUGAAAAACAGUUUCAAAAUAUCUUCUUUAGAGUAACGCAACAGGAACGAAAACCUAUGUUUCAUAGUUGUUGGUCUUGUCUGUAAAGUUGGAUUGUUAACGACGCCAUACGAAAGCAGGUAAAGGAGCUUCUGUGUGCGAAACAAACUUCAAGCAACCAACAAAGUUUGUAUCCUGUUGCUAGGUAAGGUAUACUAUUCCAAAAGUCAGUGACGUGUAACGAGCUAGAAGCAACAGUAGAGAUGUAAACCAGAGCAAUUUACAACAAGGCAACGGAAUCCAUCAUCGUAUCAUCGAAAAUUGGGUUUAGUUGAUUCGUAUUGGAAUGGGUGGCUUUGGUUACUUUUUAAAGUCAACUUUGUUAUCGAACAGACACCCAGAGAUACUCCCUUUGGUUUCGGCCAUCGGCGCCUGUGGAGUCAUUGCUUUGUUUGUCAGCGUCGAAAACUUGUUUUUUAAUCCCACCGUAGUGGCCUUGAAAUCUGAGAGGGAAGCGUAUUCUCGUAAUGAAAGGCAACGAGACUAUGAGGACAGGCCUUUCUUGAAACUGGUGAAGCCGCUUCGUGACCAUCCAAUUAGUGUUUUUAGCCCGUUUAAUGAGAAAGAUAAAAUUCCUCACUAGUAGUUGGAUAGCUAAUAAACAGCUGCUUGAUCUUUGAUUGAUUGAAACUUGCUUGGUGUUUUAAAGAUUCUCAAGUUGUAAAUAGACACCCUAAUAAGAUUUCUUCU